ACGUCGUGGAUUUACAACAUGCACAGAGAGCUUGCGAUCGUGUUGUUCAUCACAAUUUUAUUUAAGAAUUCCGCGGCGCGAAAAAGUGAAGAAAAAUGUAAAGAAUACGCCGAUCUAGUUUACGAAAUGGAGAACUCGCCGACUUUACGUAUCAAUGCCGACUCGAAUAAAGUUUCCCGCUGCUCCGUUGUUGAGACACCUCUAAUCAUCGGCGGAAUCCAAGCGAAACAUGCGGAAUUUCCGCAUAUGGCAGUGAUAGGUUAUGGCAAAGAUGUAUCCUGGCAAUGCGGAGGAAGCAUCAUCUCCGAGAAUUUUAUUCUGACAGCGGCGCACUGUAUGGAAUCCCCGGACAAGGGUCCUGCAAGCAAAGUGCGAGUCGGCUUAAUUAAUCUGUUAACUCCUGGCGGUGCUAUGCAGGAAAGGAACGUCGUGGAAAGAAUUAAGUAUCCAGAUUACAAAUUUUCGGUCAGUUACCACGAUAUAGCAUUACUCAAGCUUGAACAACCAUUGAAGUUGAAUCCUCAAGUGAGACCUGCGUGCCUCGAAAUAGAAUCCCAACUACCAGGAAAAAGUGCUAUCGCCUCUGGAUUUGGGAAAACAUCCUAUGAAUCCAGUACUGGCAGCAACGAAUUGAUGAAAGUCCAGUUGAACUACAUUUCCGAAAAUGAAUGUAAAAAGACUUAUGCUGAAGAUCUUGGUACUCGGCGACUACCUGAUGGUUUAAUAUCGAGCUUAUUUUGCGCCGGCAUAAUGGAAGGCGGCAAAGACACUUGUCAGGGUGAUAGUGGCGGUCCGUUGCAAAGAAUUCUUGCGGAACCUUACUGCAUGUACAGCAUCGUUGGUGUGACAAGCUUCGGCAAGUUUUGUGCCUUUAAAUCAUCGCCCGCGAUAUAUACUAAAGUUAGUUGUUAUCUCGAUUGGAUUGAGAAUAUUGUUUGGCCAUAAAAAUCAUAUACGAAAGUAUAUCAAUGCGAUU